AUGGCUAGUUUGGAAGAACAUGAAAAACUGAUCGAAGAGUGGAGAAACGAUUACAUCGCAGAACGCAGUUCGAAAAAGGGAUGGGAGAUUCUGGAAAAACUUGCAAAGAUGCAAAUUGAAGCGGCUCAGCAAAUGGAAACAGAAGAUGACGUGGCCGCUGCUGAUUUUGAUGACUUCAGCACCAGCAAGCUUGUAAAAUUGAUUAUUGGAGAUAUUUCAACCAAAGAUCUUCUUGUCGAUCAUCAGAUAAUUCUUCUCGAAUUCAUUCCAUCUGCACAUCCGAAUAUUCUUCGCCAUGUAGUCCGCACAGUCCGUGAGAAGGAAGGAGCGAUUUCCCUUUUGAAGUCAUCAUCGGUUGCAAUUGGAGUUGCAUUUGCUCGAAGAGUUACAGAUGCUGAAGCUGGAGAGGAAGUUGGACGUCUGAUGGCACACCUCGUGGAUCACGACUUGAUUAAUGAAGAGCUCAAAUCGCAGCUGAGUGUUGCCAAUGGAAGAGAAAGUUCAUCCAUUAGAAGUCGUAUUUACUCCAUUGCUACUGAACGAGCUCGCAUUUCAUCUAACACUUCAUGCAUUCAUUGGCUCUACGACAAGAUUCUUAAAAGUGUUCUAGAUACUCAAGAUGUUCUUGCUCAACUGGAUGCUUUGGACACUUUCGUUGAUAUUGCACUUAGUGGAAAACAGAAUGCAGAGGCUUUGUACGAAUUGGGAAUCGUCAAAAAGAUUUAUGAGUUGAUGGAAUGGUCGAAGGAGUCUCCAGAUGGUGGGGAAAUGUAUUUAUACGGAACACGUUUCAUGUGUUAUAUGGCUCGUUCCUACCCACAAGUUCUUAAAUAUUUCCCUGAUCUUGCACGGCGUCUCAUGCUCGAAAUCAGAAUGUUCGAUCAAUUGAGUGUGGUCAGUCGUCUUGGAGCUUUCGAUCAUUUUGCCAGUAUGUGCUUCUCUGUCGAGGCAAAAGAAACUUUGGAGGAUAUGUUCAAAGAUUCAAAAGAUCUUGAGAAUACUUUGGGAGCUGCUGGUGCUGCAUGUACGAUGGGAACAAUGGAAUUGAAGUGUCGAACUCUUCAGGCCGUCACUCUCCUUUUCCAGAAUACGACUGAAAAAAUUGCUGAAACAUGGUACGAGCGUCUCGGUGGAAAAGCAUUGACACAUGUAGCAGUUGGAAAUGUUAAGAAGCCGUUCCCUGAGAUGAAGAAUUGUAUUUAUGAUUUCUGGCAACAGUUGUUCACAUAUCCAUCAGUUGUUCAUCAGUUCAUCACUUUCCAGGGAUUCAUUGACUGGGCAUUGGACGAUAAAUCAGAAGAUAAUCCAGAAUACGAAAUUCGCAAACGUCAAAUUAUUCAUCGAAUCAUUGAAUUGUCGGAGAAUACAAAGAGCGCCGAAGUACUCAAAGCUGAUCCAGAACUGAUUGGCCGUCUCAAGAAAUAUCUGCAACCGGCUGUUGCACCUGCUCCGCGUGUUGAGGAAAUGGCUCUUUAGAUUGAUCUGUAUAUCCUGAAUCUCUUUGACUAUUCAAUUUUUUGUUUCUUUUUCAUCUCAAUUAUUCCAAUACAGUAUUUUAUUGCCUCAAAAAUGACUUGUUCGCCGUUAAUUCAUGUUCCGGUUUGAAGUUUUAAUGAAAUUUAUUGAUGU